AGGAGCAAAGUUCAAAGCUCAUGAGAUUUUACUUCCUUGUGACUGUCCAAAAGUUCUGUCUGCAUCAUCAGCAGUUCAGAAGAGCAUAAGGUUAACUGAUUUCACCCGGGAUGUUCCUGAUGGAAAAUUCUGUGGAAUUAGUGGGAAAGACUAGCCCCUUUUUGUAAACAACCUAAUUAUGAUUUUUUUUAAAGAGGAAACAGAAAAAAAAUUAUCUUUUUUUUUUUUUUGAUUCUGAAAUUCAGCAAAAUGUAUUUGUACUCACUUGGUCCCCAUACAUACCUAUUCUGUGAUUUGUAACUGGUGAAAUUUGCUCUGAAGAUAUAAUGUAAUGCAGCAGUGUUUUUUCUUUAACUGUACUGAAGUCAGAUGUGUGGUAACCAGUUAGGCUUACAUAACUAGCCAUAAAAGUGAUUGUCAAGCCAUAGAGAAAUGAUAAGAUAAUGCCAUCUGGAGAGGCAGCAGUGUGUCAUCUCAGAGAAAGACCGCACAAAGCGUAACAGAGUGGCCAGUAAGAGUGGCAGAGUGGCUUUCGCUCCACCUUCCAUCAGCAUUGGCACCAAGGUCAAAGGUUGUCUCAGAAAACUGACGCAGAAGCAGAGAGCUACACAUGUGGAACAACACAGGAAGAAAAAGAAGAGCACUUUUGAAGGAGUUCUGAGGCGAAUUUGAGUGCAGUCAUCGUCCAUUAUGUUUCUUUUUUCAACCAUGACUCAAAACCACAGGAAAUUCGAAGAGGACUAAAUCAUUCUCAAGGUACUCUUUGUAUUAGAUCUACUGGAGCAACUCCAUCCGGACCUUUACGUCUCUUACAUAGUGAAACCGGUGCCAGUGUGGAAAUGCUGAAUUUCCGUCAGAGAACAUGGAAUGUGCCCAACAUGUCAACGUUCCCAGAGGUCCCAGGUGGAAUGCUGAUCUACUACAGUCCUCUGAAUGAGCCUCCAAACGUUCACAGGCCACAUAUUACAGGGCUGGUGGCCGCCCGCAUACAACGCUUUGAAGCUGGAGACACACCACCUCUGAGCCCCAUGCCUGUUACUACACCAACCCCUCCUAACAACAAAACGUAUACCUCAGGAGAUACUAAACAAGGGAUCAAGGGUCAAACGCGUCGGCGUAAGAACAUGCCGGAGUUUCUGGGCGAUGCCAGCGCCCCCAGUCAAGACUCCGUAUCCCAGUUGAGCGGUUCUCUCCCAGGAUCUAUAACGGGUACAGACCGCUGGAGGAACCGUGCCGCCAGCCGUUUCAGUGGCCUCUUCAGCUCCAAUUCAGGAAACGGCUCUCUUGGGAAGGAGUGUGAUCGAGUGGAACAGCUGCAGAGUAAACUGUACUCAUAUACUAUGCUCGGAUUACCCAAGAUGCCUCCGCAGCUCUCGUUCCACAGAGACUCAUGGGAAGAGGAGCCCAACCUGGAGCUAGAAGAGAGCUGGAAGCAGCUUUUGGACAAUCCUGAGAUUUUAACCAGACGUCAGUGCCAUCAGCAAGAGGCUAUAUGGGAACUGCUGCAGACGGAGUCAGACUACAUCAAGAAAUUGCAUGUCAUUACUGAUCUCUUUCUGUGUGGCCUGCUGAACCUGCAGGAGAGUGGUUUACUGAGUGAAGUCGAACCUGUGCGCCUCUUCAGUAACAUUCAGGACAUUGUGCAACUGCACACAUCCCUGUGGGCUGAGGUCAUGCUGCCGGUAUUAGAGAAAGCCAGACAGAAAAGAUCAGUGAUCAACCCCACUGAACUAUAUCAAGGCUUUAGCACUUUUGGUUUCCGAUUCAAGCCCUACAUCCGUUACUACAUGGAGGAAGAGGCCUGUAUGGAGUACAUGCGCACUUUACUGAAAGACAACGAACUCUUCAGAAUAUAUGUAACUUGGGCAGAAACACAUAAACAGUGCAACCGGCUGAAGCUCACAGACAUGUUGGUGAAGCCUCAUCAAAGACUUACUAAAUAUCCACUGCUGCUCAAAAGCGUGUUGAAAAAGACAGAUGACCAGCCAACUCGUGAGGCCCUUAACAAAAUGGUGGCUGCUGUUGAAUGCUUCAUUAACAGUGUGGACACACAAAUGAGACAAAGGGAGGAAAAACAGAAGCUGGUUGCCAUCGCUGGACGUAUAGAGGCGUAUGAGGCAGUGGAGGGGGCCAGCGAGGAGGUGGAGAAGAUCCUCAGGGAAUAUAAUAAUUUUGACCUGACCGCUCCAGUCAUGGGCGCUUCACCUGAAGAGAUUCGUCAGCUGCUCCUAGAGGGAGCUCUGAAGAUGAAGGAGGGUAAAGAGAGCAGGAUGGAUGUAUACUGUUUCCUGUUCACUGACGUUCUGUUGAUUACGAAGUCGGUGAAGCGUUUGGAGAAGGUGAAGGUGAUCCGGCAGCCUCUCGUCAUCCAUAACGUGGUGUGCCGAGAGCUGAAAGACCCAGGAAGCUUCCUCCUUAUCUACCUCAACGAGUUUCGCUGCGCUGUGGCCUCCUACUGCUUUCAGGCCAACAGUGGCACUCAGGGCCGCAGCUGGAUUGAGGCCAUUUACAAUGCACAGAACCAGCUCCAGAAACUUUGCUCCGAGUCCCUGAGAGAUGACCCAGAUGACAGGGAUGAGGAUGAGACGGAGAGCAGCAUGUCCACCUCCAGCUCUCCAUCACUACAGCACAGAGAGCCGCUGGGCAAGAGCCUCUCUCUUUCACCAAGUCACUCUGAUGGAUCCACGGAAACUCUUUCCGUGGCAGCUAUGGAAGAAACGGAUGAGGUUGGGUCCUUGUCGACCGUUCAGACUGCAUCGUUGAGAAACUCCCUGCUGUCUUCAUCAAACCUGCAGGAUUCCUUCUCUACUAAUGACAGCAAAACUCUGGAAGGUCUGAGUGAUUUGGUUACCACAGACAUGGAUUCAGAAAGUCGCUCUCUUUCUAUAGACAGUGCGUACGGAACUCUCUCGCCUCAGUCCCUGGUCGCAGAGGGAGCAGUCUGCCAGAGCGAGGGAGAAGAGACUGAUGCUGGGGAGGAGGAAGAGGCAUUUGAGGAUGAUGAAGAUGUUGAUGAGGAGGAUUCAAUAACCUGGAACGGCUCUCAGAUUACUGUAAAUGAGUCCUAUGUUUCAGAUGGCCUUGCAAACAUGGAGAAGAAUGAUUUUUCUGGGACGUCUCAGGCUCCGGGUUGUUGCUCACAUACGCUGCGGCGCCGUUCGCCCGUCCAGCCCCGUCCAGACUACCUGCAGUACUUUGCCUUCAGGUCACGCUCCGAGGAUGACCUGCUUCAGUGCCUCACAGCUCCUCGCUGUUCCUCUGGCAGGAACAAUGUCAGCAAGAGCUUAACGCACCUCCCCAAACAGACGUCUCACAGCACAGAGCGAUUCCAGUCAGAUGAGGAAGACUUCCAUGGAGACCCCAAAGCACUGUCGAGCAAGCUGACCAACACGCUGAGGAGAGCAGAGGGCAGGCACGUGCAAAGGACCCUCAGCUGCCCCAAUGGGGAGGCAGACAGUGAGACUAAAGAGAAUGAGACACUGCCCUCUGGUGAUCUGGAGGAAAAGAGUGACUUGGUGCUAUCCCAGCAGCCACAUCAGCAGCAUAAGAAACUGACGGUGGCUCAGUUGCACAGGAUACGUGCUACCAUGGUGCUCAAUUCAACUCUGACAGCAUCGGAAGUAUAAUGUUUGAGUAAAUGAAGCUGAUGCCAUUAGCUGGUCUAUUGGUGGGACUUAAACCAAGUCUUUAGUCCAAGACUACAUCUGUACCCAAGAGGACGUACAACUCAGUGACUCAAAUAUAAAAAGGCAGAUCCAACAAGAACGCUGUGGAACUCUCAGUUAAAAGCCAUGAUCAUAAUUCACUAAUUUAAUAUUGAAUAUGAUGCUAAAGGGUCAUAUAUACAAAGGUUCAUUUUGUAUAAUACCUGUCUGACAAAAAGAGACUUGAGUAAAUUUUUAUUUAACGAUGCACCAGUCAGGGCUUUUGCAGAGUUAAAAGGACAUUGUGUCUAACGUUUAACCUCUACUCCAAGCAUUACUGCCCUGUGGAGGUCUGUUUUCACAAAAAAGUAUGAAUAUAAACUCUAAAGCACUCUUACUUCCAGAAUUCACAUGAGUUGUCAUUUGACCUCUGAGUCCUAAGGGCUUUUUUGUUAUGCUAGAAGAUGUAGCUCCUGAAACACCUAAAAUAGAGUUACUCUUUUAGGUUGUAGGAAUUAACUGAAUCACACUUGAUAUGAAAAAAAAGAAAAAAAUGCAAAAAGAAAAAAGAACUGUGGACUACUAUUGCUUCAAACGCCACAAUAAUCAACUUGCAUGCAUUUUUUUGUUUUCGUUUUUCAGUGUUCUGUAAAUAUGGUAUUUAUUGAACCUGCUUUGUUUUGCAGAAAAUAACAUUAUUGUUGAUGCCUUUUGAUUGUUAUGUUUCAUUUUGCUAUUUGAAUGAUUAGCAUCAUUUCUGAUUUGUCGAUUGACAUCAAAAUAAGGGCUGAAUCCAUGUCUUAUGCCUGGAUUUGAUCAGUUUACAUAUGUAGCUUCAAUAUUUACAGGUUACAAAUUUGCACAGUGCUUCUAAAGAGAAAACACAACCGGCAAAUUAAUUAAAAUGCUUCUGUUGCCAAACCCACCGCCAAAA